CGAGAUACUUAACGAUCGUGUGCUUGAUCCGGCCUGACUGAUCAUUUCAAGGAAUAUUACGAUGGCUUCCCUAUACGCUAAAGUGGCCCUGUCUACUGCCAGAAGGAACGUGCUCACCGCCUCCAGAUGUUUCGCCACAAGGACCACAAUGGGCGAUCCCGUUGAACACGCUACUGGCUUGGAAAAGCGUGAGCUGCUUGCAAAACUCGCUGGCAAUGACAACCCCUUCGACCUCAAAGUAGUCAAGCGCGGCCCAGGCACCAAAGCUCAGCCAAACGAAAUCCCAUCGGCGUUCGAUGCGCGUCUUGUUGGCUGCGUCUGUGAGGAGGAUGCCACCAGCGUCACCUGGAUGUGGUUGCACAAGGGUCAGCCGCGCCGCUGCGAGUGCGGUCAUUGGUUCUCGCUGGUGCAUAAGGACGCCUUGUAGAAAUCUUAAAUGUAAUAGAUUAAUGAUAGAUGAUUAAUGAAAUGUAAUAAAUUUUCUGAACGUAAAAUUCAACCAACAACAUUCAGCAGCAUCAACAGAAAUGGAAAUUGAAGGCUAUUGAAGGGCAGCUACCAGUUACACAUUAAUUUGCAGUUUUGACAACUAUGUAAAUAAGUUUCCAUUAAAUUAUUGUUGUAAUUAGAA